CUCGAAGUCUCCGCAGGCCAGAUGGCAAGAUCAGAACUCCUUUGCUCAAGUCAAUCAACCCCUGAACCAUCCAUCGCCGUCAACUUUUGAUCUACCAGUUCAUCAUGCCAGCACGCAAGAUUGGCCCUCCCCCCGAAGGGACUGUGCCCAUCGGUCCAAAACUCCUCCGGCGCUUCUACGAGCCCAUCCUCUUCCUAUGCACGCUCAUCGAGAUGAUCAAGGGCGAAAGAGGCCCAGAACCGGCAGACCCUCGUCCGGACUUUUCGCUAAGCUCCGAGCAAGCCUUCCACUGCUAUGUCUAUAAGCUUGCCCAAGUGUGCGACAACGAGCGGGGUGGAACCACGGUCACCUCCUUCGCGGUGCUCCAAGAGCCAGGGAGGAUCCUCUAUGUCUUCGGCUCCAACCAGAGGGACACACAGCCGCUCGAGGACGUCAAGGUGUUUGUGACCUCCAUCCUCACGGACCUCAAGGGGGUGGUUAGUACUCCAGGAGAGCACAUUGCCAAGCUGUUGAAGAUCCGAAGGGAUGUCCUGAAGUUCAACAAGCCAAGGCUCGAUUACUACAUCGAGUGUUUUGCUCGCGCACUCGGCACCUGCCUGGAUAUCUGUGCUGACGACGACACUGGAGACAACGGGAGCCAAUCCGACGAUAGUAGUGCUUCCAUUCAAGCAACAGGAGAUUCACCUGUUCCAUCGUCCCAGGGGGAUAACGACGACGAGACCAGAACGAUCUCGAGCCCCUCCUCGCUACGGAGAAUUCUAGAAAGGCUUCAAGACGCCUGCUCAUUCAUCCAUGCCCACGACGAUGACUUGAGCCUGGAGGAAUAUCUGAACUCCUGCGAGCAGCUUCUGGCGCAUAUCAGCCGCGUCGACCGGUCGCCGAUGAGGCAUGCCAUCGAGGAGCGGGCCAAAGAAGGCCAGAUGGACAGACGCGAGUGCUGGCACAAACUCCGCCACUUCGCCGGCCGGCUGCUGUCCACGUACGGCGCGGCCGACUUCCUCGUCGACGCGACCCGGCGGUGGCCGCGCCUCUUCGAGGAGGACUUUGACGUCCUGGCCGUCGAGUCGAGCCAGCCGGCGCCGCAGCCGUUCGGCCGCAAGGGCCGCACCGCCCACGAGAUGAUCGGCCGCAUGACGUCGGACAUGCGCGCCAUGGCCCAGCACCAGGAGCGUGCGCACACGCUCGAGACGAUUGGUCUCGGCGAGAUGCUGCACAGGAAUUGCGCAGGGACGGGACCCCGCCCCAUCGUGCACGCCGAGGUGCUGGUGGCGGAUCGGGUCCGGGCCAUCAACGGCGGGACGCGCCCGUCUGCGUUCUUCGGCGGCUGGCCCUUCAUCGGAAGCAGCAAGCCCACCUGCCGGCUGUGCUCGUACUACUUCCAGUGGGCCCACGGCGGCCGCCUGAAGGUGCGGCCGUCGCAUGGCAACGUCUACCCCGCGUGGCGCGUGCCGGACUUGCACACGGAUCAGGGGCCCGGCGCGGCACGCGAGCGCGUGAAGGUCAUGAACGGGAUCCUGCAGAGGGUGAGGGACGAUGUCUUCACGCUGCUCGAGGAGCGGACCCCGCAGAAGAAGAGGUACGACUCCGAAACGAGCAGCAUAGUGGUGAGGCUCCCGUCGGUCGCCGCUGACGGGUUGAGCGACUUCUCACCCAGCCAGAUGGGCGGUCUGUCGAUUUCCGGGAGCCGGAGGCUGCCGGAGAUUAGGGAGCUGGAGCCGGCCGUCGAGGAGCUGGAGUCCGUCCAUCGUGACUCGGGUGGGCGGGGCGUGGCUGCUGUGACUGCUGUGGGGAGCGAGGAUGAGGAUGAGGGUGGUUGGGCCAACUUGGCCUGAUGGGUGAGGAGGAGGCAUCGGAUUUCUUCACAUUUUGUUUCUUAUUCAUCGUCAUGUCUUUUGAAACUCGGGCUAGGAUUACGACGUGACCACGUCGCUUACUGGAUACUGCGUAGGUAAUUGGCGACAGGAUACAAGAGUAUUGGCGAUUGGAUACGAAAGUACCAGUAUUAUUAUUUGUCUCAGCUUCCUUUUCAACUACCUUUUCUAUGCAGCUGGCGGAUUUGGGAAACAUGUGCAUAGGUUGGCGGCAGGAAUAGUUCAUCUCGCGUCAAAAUAAAAAUAAAAAUGCC